AUGACGGCUGCUAUAGCAUCAAUAACUUCAAGAGGGAAUGAGCUCAGUAAAUUUAGUGACUCACCUGGCGAUGCAUCCCUGGAUGACCUAUUUCAUCCUUUGGAGAAGACAGUGGAGGAUCGGGCAGCCGAAUCAUCAACAUCUGCAUCAUCAUCACGUGUACAUCAAGCCAACACAUUUGUAACCGAUGCUGGAAAGAAUGAUUUGGCAACAAAGUUAAGGGCUGCAAUUGCUCAAAAACAAAUGGAGUCUGAAUCAGGGCAGACAAAUGACAGCGAUUUACUUCGUCUAAUGAUGGGUGUUUUAAAGGAGGAUGUAAUUGAUAUUGGUGAUCUGGGUUUUGAUGAUAAAUUGGCAGCAGAAAAUCUCUUCCACCUUCAGGCUGUUGAGUUCACCAAAUUAGUGUCGUCACUGAGACCAGAUGAACCAGAAGAUGUGAUCCUAUCCGCCUGUCAGAGAUUAACAGUGUUCUUUCACCAGCGUCCUGAGCAGAAAAUUGUUUUCGUUACCCAGCACGGUCUGCUCCCUUUGAUGGAAUUACUAGAGGUUCCCAGAACUCGUGUUAUUUGUGCGGUGCUACAAGUUUUGAAUCAGAUAAUCAAAGACAACUCUGAUUUGCAGGAAAAUGCUUGUCUUCUUGGCUUUAUCCCUGUCGUGAUGAGUUUUGCGGUACCUGAUCGUCCUCGGGAAGUUCGCAUGGAAGCAGCUUAUUUCUUGCAGCAGCUUUGUCAGUCCAGCCCGUUGACAUUGCAAAUGUUUAUUGCAUGCCGUGGAAUACCUAUUCUGGUGGGCUUUCUAGAGGCUGAUUAUGCAAAGUACAGGGAAAUGGUUCAUCUGGCUAUUGAUGGCAUGUGGCAGGUAUUUAGGCUUCAGCGGUCGACCCCUAGAAAUGAUUUUUGUCGCAUAGCUGCAAAAAAUGGAAUAUUGCUUAGGCUUAUCAAUACUCUUUAUAGCUUGAACGAGGCAAGUCGACUAGCUUCCAUAUCUGGGGGGAAUGGGUUUCCAGUUGAUGGUUUGGUUCCACGACCGCGCUCGGGUCCAUUGGAUCCUAGCAAUUCAGCUUUUGUCCAGAGUGAGCCACCACUUUAUGGAAUUGAUCAUCCUAAUUACCUCAAGCAGGGAGCAACUGAUCAUCCCUUGCCAACUGUAUCACAAGAUCCUUCGCUUGCUUCAGCUUCUUAUCCAUCCAAUUCAAGAUUCUUUCCAGUGGAAAAUGAUCGACCUCCAUCGAACAAUGCGGUGAUGGAAGCUCCAGUUUGUUCAAGAUCGUCAGAUUCAUCACCCUUGGAAACAGUUGCAAAUGUAGCAAAGGAACUUUCUGCAACUACCAAAGAGCAAGAAAGUAUAGACCGAUGGAAGAAUGAUCUUUCUAAGGCAGAAGUUGACCUUCGACAGCAACGAGGUACAAGUGCUGUCAACAGAAUGUCGACAGACAGGCCCCCAAAAGUGGCAGAAGUUGCAUCAAAUGGAUUUGCUGCUUUGGUGGCCAGUCAGCAAGAGGAUGUUCGACCACUUCUUAGUUUGUUGGAUAAAGAACCGCCUUCCCGACACUUCUCUGGUCAGCUUGACUAUGUACGCCAUCUCACCGGGUUGGAAAAACAUGGAAGUAUGGUGCCUCUUUUGCAUGCAUCUAACGAAAAGAAAACGAACGGACUGGAUUUCUUGAUGGCAGAAUUCGCAGAGGUUUCUGGCCGUGGUAGAGAAAAUCCAAAACUUGAUUCCAUGCCUAGAACUUCACAGAAAAUUGUGAACAAGAAGCUCGGGCAACUGGCAUCCAAUGAAGGAGCUGCUUCUACUUCUGGAAUUGCAUCUCAGACAGCAUCUGGCGUACUGUCUGGUUCUGGAGUUUUAAAUGCUAGACCUGGAAGUGCAACAUCAUCUGGAUUACUUUCCCAUAUGGUAUCACCUUGGAAUGCUGAUGUUGCCAGAGAAUAUUUAGAAAAGGUGGCGGACCUUUUACUUGAGUUUGCUGCUGCGGAAACAACUGUAAAAUCCUAUAUGUGUAGCCAAAGCUUGCUUAGUCGUCUUUUCCAGAUGUUCAACAAAAUAGAGCCCCCUAUUCUUUUAAAGUUGUUGAAGUGUAUUAAUCAUUUGUCAAUGGACCCGCACUGCUUAGAGAAUCUUCAGCGGGCAGAUGCCAUUCGGCAUUUGAUUCCAAACCUUGACCUUAAAGAAGGCUCUCUUGUAUCUCAAAUACACAACGAGAUAAACAAGAGGAGACAGGAACAAGCAGCCGAAAAUGGAAUCAUUCCACAUUUAAUGCAUUUUAUUGUAUCACAUUCUCCGCUUAAACAGUAUGCAUUGCCUCUGCUGUGUGACAUGGCCCAUGCAUCACGUAACUCAAGGGAGCAAUUAAGGGCUCAUGGCGGUUUGGAUGUGUACCUGAGCCUACUUGUGGACGAGCUUUGGUCUGUGACGGCAUUAGACUCUAUUGCUGUUUGCUUGGCACAUGACAACGACAACAGAAAAGUUGAACAAGCUUUACUGAAAAAGGAUGCAGUUCAGAAAUUGGUUAGGAAAUCAUCCCGAAUAAAUACUACUUUGGCUGUUAAUGGAUUGACACCAUUGCUCAUUUCAAGGCUUGAUCACCAGGAUGCCAUAGCUCGUCUCAAUCUACUCAAGCUAAUAAAGGUUGGAAACCAAGCUGUUUAUGAGCAUCACCCACGUCCAAAGCAACUGAUUGUGGAGAAUGAUCUGCCACAGAAGCUUCAAAAUUUGAUUGAGGAGCGCAGAGAUGGGCAGAGUUCUGGUGGCCAAGUUUUGGUGAAGCAGAUGGCCACUUCUUUGCUUAAAGCGCUCCAUAUCAACACUGUUCUGUGA